AUGUAUUUUCUUCGCAGAGCACCUGUCUCGCUGUGGACUACUGGCCGAGACCUCCUGCUCUUCAGUUUGAGCCUGUGUUUUGUGUGCGUGUGUGUGAAAGACAAGAGACAUGACUUCCGAAAGCAACACCUAUCAUCUAUGAAGAUGUCUGCACUGCGGCUUCUGUGGGUCCCUGUGCUGUUGAAUUUAACACACGCUUGGCUCUGCCAUGGGGCGUGUGUGGAAGUGGACUCCGACACAGAGGCAGUGAUUGGGAAAGGCUUUAAAUUGGGCUGUAUCUCUUGCAAGAAGAGAGGGGAGGUACCGGCCUUUGCCACAGUGGACUGGUGGUUCAUGGCCAAAGGCGAGAGUGAAUUUGCACAUAUCUACAGUUAUGCAAAUAUAUCAGGCUACAUAACGGAUGACCGCUUCGAUGACCGCCUGGCCUGGAACGGCAGUAAAAAAACCAAUGAUGUGCAGGACGGCUCAAUUUUCAUCCUUAACAUCACUUUCAACGACACCGGCAUCUAUCGAUGUUUCUUCGACCGCACCCUUGUCUUCCCCAAUUACAAGUACCGCACCAGCUCCACCAAGUUUAUCAACAUCAACGUAGUAGGCAAAGCUACACGAGGCAUGGCGUCCAUCUUUUCUGAGAUCAUGAUGUACGUGUCUAUCAUCGUGUUGCAGUUGUGGCUGUUGGUGGAGAUGGUCUACUGUUACAGGAAGAUCGCAGCAGCUGGAGAGGGAGCACUGAAAGAUAGCCAGGCGGAAUAUUUAGCUAUAACCUCGGAGAGCAAAGAUAAUUGUGCAGGUGUAGCGGUGGCAGAAUAACACAGGUCCAAAAAAAGUCUCAAGCCAAAAGCUUGACGCUCCAUCCAUCAUGGCCUCCUCUGUCAACAUCACCGGAUCUCUGUGAAGCCACAGGGCUGCUGUUUUGACCUCUGUGUAUGACUGUGAAAGAACCGUCAUUCUAACCAUCAGGGAAACACACAGGAACACAUCGUGUGUUUUAAGGCUCUAGAUGAGAACUUUGAGGUUAAUGAAUGAAUGGUGGAUUGAAACAUAUUUAUAACAUUAUUUAAAGAUCAAACAUACAU